AUGAAGCAUACAGCACAGAUAGUUGUUUUGUUUUGUCUCUAUAUAUAUGUACGGUCAGAGAAACUUCCUGGACCUUUAGUGUAUGUUGUAACACCUUCAUCAAAACCACUGCAACCCGAUGCGGCAAGAGCCUCGCCAUUUUAUUACCACAACUGGAUGAGGAGAAUGGAUACACCAGACGCAGUAACUUCUACAACGACGACGGCAAAAACACCAGAUUUAAUAUUUGCGGAAUUUGAAGCCGGUAACAACAAUGUGAAAUCAAUCAGAAAAUUACUAGAAAAGGAGAAAUCUGAACCAAAAUCGACUACUACUACUACUACAUCUAGGCCUAUAUAUGUUCCCAACGAAGAUGAUGAUGAUAGUGAAUCAAACAUCGGAGUUUACCAAACGACAACUGAAAAACUGGAGAAGACGGAUAUGACAGAUUAUUUUGCUUUAUAUAACAAUUUACAUGGUAGUGGUCCAAUGUUUGUGCCUAGUGUGCCUUUAUCAACUGUAGCAAUUACUCCAACAAGUACGACUACAACCACCACAACCAUACAAACACCGGUAAAUGAUGUACAGAAUAUUUGGCACAUUAUAGAUAGCCAGAAACAUGAUCAGUUUUCUGGCAAAUGGGAAGAAGAAAAUACGAACGAUGCUUCUAGUGAAACCAAUUCUCAAAGCAACGAAAAUGUAUUGAACGAAAAUCAAACUGUAGAUGAAGACACUAUUGACGAUAAUUUUGCUUUGCCUGGAUUUACCACUGGAAAUGGGGCUGAGAAUGAAUCGCGAGCUAUUCGUACUGAACCGAAUAUUCGCUUUCCUUAUAUAAACUUGAAGCCAUUUAAAAUGAAGAAUUUUAAUAGCAAAAAACUCAAUAACAUGUUCAAUCUAGACAGUUUUACUGAAAUUAAAAAUCCUGUCCGGGGUGAAGUGCAAGAAACACAUAUGGUUCCAGUGCAACAACCUGUCGAUCGGUAUAAUCCUGCUCAGCCAUAUUUACCAACAUAUGGUACUAAGUCAAAAGAAUCCAGUAGACCUGCAGCUCCUGUGGCAUCUGUACCAGCGUCUGCAAACUUAGUGCCUCCACCACCACCGCCAGCGCCCCAGGUAACUGCUGAUGAUUUUCCGACGCCGAAAACCUACGAAUCAUUCCCUCCGUAUGCACCUGGUGGACCAAAUGGUGGCUCUACAUUUUCGUUCCCGCCCUCUGCGUCUAUAGGAAUGGAUUCAUCUGCUAGUGAUGAUGAUGUUGAGCCGUCUGGUUAUAGAUACAAGCCAUCACCACCAGCGACCUUACCAGCAGCUCCUGCUACACCCAGCCCUCCUGUGUCAGCUUUUAUACCUACACUGCCUCCACUCAAUAAACCUUUCUCCGGUUAUUCAUAUGAUAAGCCACCGAUUCAGCAAGAGGAUACACCACCUACAAUGGACAUGGAUGAUAAGCCAGACUUCCAGGGCUACCAUUACAACAAGCCAGCAAUACCAUCAUAUCCUUCACAACCUACCCCAUUAUCUCAACAUGAUUAUGCUGCUCCCAGUUAUGGACAUCACGAUUCACCACCAUCAUACCAAUCGGGCCCUGACUAUCCGGAACUUAUUUAUGAUAAGCCACACGGUAUGAAAGAUAUGAAGGGAGGAGAUAGUGGGCAAGACAAUGAUAUGGGAAUGAUGCCUCCUCCUAUUGAAGAUACAAAACCCGAUUCUAAUGGACCUCCUAUGGACGAUCACGGAUUUCCUCACGAUUUUCCUGGUAGUUUUAAGUACUCGCACGAUUUUGAUGAUCAUCAUUAUCAUCAUCAUCACCCUCCUACUACUAGUACUACUGAACAGCCUCGUGUGAACAGAUUCAGUUAUUACUAUCUUGGGAAGAAGCUUUAUUACCUACCUUUAUAUUUCAGCGUUUACUUCGUAGUAUACGUUGGCGCGCUUAUUAUCAAGGCUGUGUUGCGGCACAAGAUUACUUACCCUAACAGCUUUAGACCCAAUGAUACGACUGCAUCAUUCUUUUCAAAGAGAUCUAUAGAUUCGCAUUUAUCAAACGACAAUCUUCACGAGAUCACAGGGCGUAUAACAAAGGCUAUCGCUACUGCCGCUGACAAGUAUAUUAGCGAAAAAAGUAAAGAUGUUUAA